AGCCCAGCUUAUUGAGACAGUAUAUGUGCCUGUUUCUUUCAUCUUCUGUUGUGCUUCCUUUUUGUCUGGCCUUUUAACUAUGGUCUGGUAUGCUUGCUUUACACCAGCUACAUCUAAAUACAAUCAUUCAGAUUAUAUGCACGCUUUCCCAGCAAGCUUGGGCUUUGGAGGAGAUGCUCUGAGCUCUGUUUCUGACGUUUCCUUGUUGGAAAUUCUUACUAAAACUCACGGGAGGCCAAAUGGAUAUCUGUUUGUACCUUGGAAUUGAUGAUUGUAGACAAAAUGUUGGUACUACAGUCAUUUUUCGUGAUGAAUUUUACAACCAACCAGUUCGAAGUGAGUAUGACCUACUUUGCACACGUGUUUCUCCUUCUCCAUUGCCGCUAUUGUCCAAUGGGUUUGGGAUUCAUCUGAGUUCCCUUAAUAAAUUGAAUGCAAUUGAUGGUUCAUUCAAGCUCUCCGGAUACAUCUCAGUCGUGAUGUUUACAAUGUGAAGGUAUAUA